ACCGGAACGUUUCUGGGCUUUAUGGUGUCGUCGUGAGCAGAGGCGGCCCGUCAGACAGUCCGGUAACAGCCUGUGGAUUUCAGCAGUCUCUCUGUCUGGUCUCCGGUCAUUUACAACGACCUUUGUGUUUCAACCGUCGCUGUAAAGCAGUUGCUCUUCCUCUCAGCUGCCGUGUUGGAUCUAAAAAUGGCGGCUGUUUCAGCGGAUCACGGUCUCUGCAACCUUUUGCCUUAACUCACCCAGUUAAAUCUGAGCACCAUGUAAACAAACCAGGCAGCAAACCAAUCCAAGCGUUAGCCUGCACCAGCUCCGGAACCAGUGGGUUACUGGUGAGUAACCAGCAGCAGCAGCAGACAGGGUGGCAGCGCUGUCACCUUCCAGCUGGGGAGGCAGGCUGAUGGAGAGCAACUGCCGGAUCCCAGUCGCCUGCUGUCGGCCUCGGAUCCUCCUCCUCCACGCUCUGUUCUGGGGUCUCGUCUCGCUCAGAGUGUUCGGAGCGGCGCUGCUGAGCGAGGAGAAGACGACAGCAGGGAAGCCUGUUGUCGCCCCCUGCUGGCUGCUGGAGAACUUUGUGGUGCUGGAGGAAUGCAACAGCUGCACCGACUUUAACACUAAGACGCAGACGGUUUGCAGAGAGACGGGAUACGUGGAGCUGGUGAACUGCACCAAGACCAGCAGACAGGAGUACAAGAGCUGUCGCUCCGCCCUGAUGGAGGACCAUCUCUUCUGGAAGUUUGAGGCGGCCAUGUUGGCUCUGACGGUCGUCUUCGCCGUCCUGGUGGUCAUCCGCCAGCGCUGGCUGGAUCGCCUCGCCUCUGAGAAGGUCCGCCGACAGAUCGAGUCCAUCUAGGAGAAGGGGGUCCUGUUAGGUUUUUAAAUCUUUUGGCAGUAUUUUUAAAAUGGAUCCAGAUUUGGACCGGACUUGUUGGAUGUCCUCCAUGGAGUUGGCUGAGCUCAGCUCCCCAUCUGUGAAGUUUUUCCUCUUCACCAGCGACUGUUUCUCUGCUAAAACAGCAGAACAAACACUAAAACCGGGACAAUGAGAGUCCGGACUCAUGAUGCAAACUGUAGAUUAUAUUUUAAUGAACAGAGUUUAUAGAGAAAUCAGGGAAGGAGUAGUUUGAUCUGGAUGAAAACAGAAGUGAAACUGACAAACCUUAGGAAGAGAAGCUGAAACGUCUCUUCCUGCAUCGCGCUGAUGUCACAGUCAGGAACUUCCUUAUAUGGACUCUGGAAGUGACAAUUGGCAGCAGCUGUUUCUGAAGUGUGGAACAAAAGUCUUUUUCUUUCAAGAUUAAACAUUUUCCUGCAGAAGUACGAAAUAAAAGUCUGAAAAAGAUUCAAAUCUGAUAUUUAAAGAUGCAGUUCUGUUUCAGUUUGCCAUUAAAAACUGUUUUUACAUCCGUGUUUUGGUUGAUGUGGCUGUAUUUCGGUUCCUGUGCAGAAAUUUGAUGAAAGUAUUUUUGAGCUCUGGAUAAAUAAACAAUUAUUUGUCAAUUAAUGGUUCAUUAUAUUUAAAUUAGUUCUAAUCGAUUAAUAACGGCCGCUUAGACCUUUUUUCAGUGUUCUGAUUCGGCCGCCAUCCUUAAGCGAAGCCGUUGAUCCAAACAAGAAAAAAAGAAAAUGGCGACCGUAUCAUAACGGGAAAGAAAAACAGUCCAAACGGAGUCAAUUGUGGGAUACAAAUUGCAGUUUUUGCGGUUCUGUUUAUAAAUAUAAACACUCGUCAAGCUCCUGAAGUUAUCGCUAUAGUACAGCUGACUCAAGAAAAUGUUAAAAUAUGUUUCUUCUUUUAAAUUUGGUAUAUGGUACAAAAGUUAGCCCUUUGUUUUAGAAAGACGGUUUUCUCUUGAUACAAGAGAAAACUUUUUUUAAGAGAUCGUCCGCUUAUCAAUCAACUUUAGAGUAACUCAAUAAUGAUGACUUACACCCCAAAAAGAAAGGAGAAUACGUUAAAAAAAAAAGUUUGUAUUCUGCCAUGCGAACCAUUGUUUCCUUCCUGUUUCUGUAAUUCUUUUUCAGCUCACAGUAUAGUAAUCUUACCCGAACUCGCGGCGAACGUUUUAGUGUUUUUAUAGUUUCUAAUCUACUGUGAAGUCUAAAAAUGUCUCAUUUCUACAUGCCGGAUGCGCUGGAAAGAAUUAAAAGUUUGAAAUUGGUCAGAACGUGACGUCAUCGAUCAUAUCCGCCCAUUCUUCACCUGAUUGGUUCACGUUUCCUCUAGCUGAGCUCUGAUUGGUUGCUGCUUCAGACUUUAUAGAAGGCAACCAAAACAGGCACUGUUUUAAUUUUAUGUUCCUUUAUCAAAGUGUUUCAGCCUCAUACUGAUGUUUUAUUGUAAAUAAUAGGUUUAUGUUGGACGUUUUUUGUUUCUGACAAAAUAAACCAUAGAGAAACAUAAAACAGUGUGAGUUACCUGAUUUGAUUUAGUUCAAAAUGUCUAUUGCUUUAUUUCAAUAAAUACGUUACAAAUAAGGUCAAUCUCAGUAUAUUUGAUCAACUUUUCUUCAACGUACAGAAGCCUUGGACCAACUAAAUAACAAUUUGGGAAUCUUAGACUGGAGAUUCUCUAAAGCAGUCUGAAAUUUGAACCUUUUAUUUUGUUAAACAUCCUUUUAAAAAGCAGCUUGGAGGUAUGAUUGACUAUUUAGUUUAAACACAAAAACUAACACUGUUGGGUAGAAUUGUUAAACAUUAUGCAUUUACGUGGCAAAUCACUGUGAAAACUACUACAUUUGUUAAAGGUUAUUAAAAUUUCAUUCCUUUAAUUAACAGAAACAUUAUUUGAAAAAUCAAACAUUUUCCUUCCUCAAUUGUCUUUUUCCACAAUUAUCCAGACCUGGAAAGUCUCAAAAGCAAAAUCCAAACCUUCCCACACUUUGUAUAAAUCAUGUAUGUUACCCAAAAUCUAAAAACCAAAAAAUGAUUGAUCAAAACUCAGACUGCUUCAAUAUACGGUUAAUGACAACGCUUCAAAUCACUGAAAUAACACGUUCCACUUUUUAUUGUAGCAAAACGUUUUGAAGACCAAGCUGCUGAGCAGCUCCACAUCAAAUAAACAAAAUCUUGAAUUUAACAUUAAAUCUGCAAAAUAUAAAGAUAAC